GGGUAAUUUCGGACGAACACCAACACAGCAUGUCAAGAAAACAAAGCAACUGUACUAGGUAUGCAACAAAAUCAUGCCGAAGAUCGCAAAUCAUGGUCAUAAAAGAAAAUGAAUUUUCGUGAAACAAGCCUCAGUUCACCUCUAGAGAUCCCCCAAAACGAACUGCGCGUUUCUCGUGAAGACGCUGCAUGAGCAGGUACUUAAAUUGCAGAGAUCAACAACACAACUACUGCACUGCGGCUUGCUUUUCUCUACUUUUCAAUACACGUAGCUUCGAACAAAUCGAAAACACAGCCACAGUGAGUUGACUCUGACUAUACUCAAUAUCACGCUUUUGAUUCAUUUCUACUGAUAACCACGAAGAUUUUUCCCCCCGAUUGUACUAAUCCUCUCCUGCGACUUUUUAUACGAUUUUUUUCUCGAUUCCACCACGACAUCAAUCAUUCAUCGGAACUACAGCCCCUAGUACCCACAACCAUGGCAACAUCAACAUCUUCCUUUCCCAGCACCACGUCGUCGCCCCCCACGGCGGCCCAGCAGUGGGGCAAGAACGACGAGAGUUCAUCACUUCUGAAAGCCACCGUGAACCUGGACGGCGCCGACCCAUCGCUCUUCGACGGCCAAACGAGCGUUGACGACGUGGAAUUCGCGGCCCAGUUUGCGCAGUUGGAACUGGCCAAGAAGGAUGAAAAUACUAUCACGGGGGCGGCCGCGAAGAACAGUACCGCAAGUGGUAGUAACCCGUUCAGCCGCGCGGGGCUUGCGGUGCCCGCAAUGGACGGGUUUGACUUCCAGUUUGACGACGAAGAGGAGCCGGAGAACAUGAUGCAAAAGUACGUCGAGUCGGCGCUGCAGGCAACGGGGUUGGACUUAAUGCCCGCCAGUGAAGACGAAGGCGACGACGAUAACAUGGUUGUGCCAUUGAAUCUUGACCAACAACUGCACACGUCGGGGACCUUGACCUCCAGCAGCAGCGGCCCCGCGGGUGGUCAAAUGAGCACUCUUGACGCGAAGAAGCUCGAGGCCAACGAAAAAUUGAUGGACGCGGGGCGGAAGAACACGGAGCACCUGCCGCAACUGGUCGAUACGGCGAAGGUGCCGACGCCCAAAGCGGGGAAGGUGUUGUCGACUUUCGACAACUUGAUCGUGGUGCAGGCCCCGCUGGAGGCCCGGGCGCUGGACUUGAAGUCGAUCUUGUGCCUCCCGACCGGGGACGUGGUGGGCAUGGUGGUGGACGUGUUUGGCAACAUCCACCAGCCGCACUACCUGGUGUUCCCCACCAACGCCGAUUUGGACAAGGAACACUACGCCGUCGGGGUGGAGCUCUGCUACGUGAAGGACCAGUCCGCGUACGCGAUGGAUUUCGCCCCGGAUGUGUACGAGCUGCACGGGAAAAGGCCGACGGAGGGGCAGGAGGAUAGCGACGUGGAAAACGCAGAAAUCGUAGGGGACGAAAGCGACGACGAAAUUCAUCUUGCGGCACCGGCGUAAGAGAAGAAGUUGGGGACCACGGAAUGAUUUGGUGGAAUUUUUAUGCGAGAAAAUAAAAGUGACUGUGACUGUGUGUUGCUGUAGUUGCAUAUACACAGCAUGAUGAAGAAAGGGCAAGUUUGAUUGCCGCGAUAAAGAGGUUAGUAAAAACGACUAUACACGAUCAUGAUGAACAAGAGCGCGAUUUAGAAAGACAUGCAACAAAAGCAAAAGAAAACGAGCUUGAAGAGCUGGCUGCUGUUCUUUCUGAG